AUGGCCCGUACCAUUCCGCCCAUCCACGAGGACGAGACCUUCUACCGUGUCAUGACCUUCUUCAAGCGCCGCCCCGACAUUACGGAGAAGCAAUGCCACGACCACUGGCGCUUCGUGUACGGGCCGCUGGUCGUGCCGUGGGCCUUCAAGUUAGGCAUUUCCCCGUGGACGCUGCAAUGCAAUUCAUAUUUAAGUCGUAUCGCUACAUGGCUUAUGUUACAAUCAUGA